CUCACUCCCCCGCCCCCAGGGGGCUGGCGCUGGGUGCUUUAUAAGCCUGGGCUGGGAGCAAGAACCGAAGGAAAGGAGCACCUUGGGGUUUGGCUGCCUGGGUCUCUAGCGAUUUCCUAGUAAGAAAGCAAGAUGCAUUUUAGGAACUUUAACUACAGUUUUAGCUCCCUGAUCGCCUGUGUAGCUAGCAGUGAGAUCUUCAACGAAAGUGAAAGCAGGGCCAAAUUUGAAUCCCUCUUUAGGACCUAUGACAAGGAUAUCACCUUCCAGUAUUUUAGGAGCUUCAGGCGCGUCCGGAUAAACUUCAGCAGCCCCUUAUCCGCAGCAGACGCCAGGCUGCAGCUGCACAAGACUGAGUUCCUGGGGAAGGAAAUGAAGUUGUAUUUUGCUCAGACUUUACACAUAGGAAGCUCACACCUGGCUCCACCCAAUCCAGACAAGCAGUUUCUCAUCUCUCCUCCUGCCUCUCCGCCAGUUGGAUGGAAACAAGUAGAAGAUGCUACUCCCGUCAUAAAUUACGAUCUUUUAUAUGCUAUCUCCAAGCUGGGGCCAGGGGAGAAGUAUGAACUGCACGCAGCCACCGACACCACUCCCAGCGUCGUGGUCCACGUGUGUGAGAGCGAUCAAGAGAAUGAGGAAGAGGAAGAGAUGGAAAGAAUGAAGAGACCCAAGCCAAAAAUUAUCCAGACGAGAAGGCCAGAGUACACACCUAUCCACUUAAGCUGAACUGGCACACGGAUGAAGAGCGUGCAUUGAAUUACACUCACCAGAGGAAUCUUUUACUGUGCAAAUGGCCGGUCACAACUUUGGAGGUGGCAGCUGUGACCGCUGGGGGAGAGAAUCAAGGCUUUGUCUCCUUGUUCUGAUGCUGCACCUCAGCCCAGGUGUCUGUGGCACCCGGAAUGUCUUGGGCCAUUCACUGAGUUUGUGGUGAUCGCACAGGGACAUUGGGAGUGUCUUGAGAAAACUGAUACUGAUAGUGUUUUGUACUCAUUCUUUUCUGGUAGGUUCUGUGUUUGCCAAGGCCAGGUUGGUCAGCAGGACUAGAGGGAGUUUUCUGUUUCUAACCAGGGUCCAGACCCAGCUGGUAGGCAGAGACCCCACUCCAGCAUCACCAAUGUCCAUUGCUACAAGGUUGUGAAAGCAACCAGUCUAUGUGGAAAUUUGUAGCCUUUCAUUUCUUCCUUCCUGUUCUCCUAUCUGUGCAUGUAUACUAUUGAUUUUCAAGGCCACCCUCCGUUCCUGUAUGAAAUUACAUUGUUGUUUUACAUCCCUAGGGAGGCCAGGUGUGGGGAAACUAUCCUGUCCCAGGCCCCUCCCUGCCCCCACCCUCUCUGUGUCACAGGUCUCAUUUGUGGAAUUCUGCCUGGAAUGCAUUCACCUGGCAUCUGUCUGGUAUAUGUAACUUGUGAUUGGGGGGGGCAGGGGAGGGAGAAAGUUGGCCUGAAAUUCCUGUGUAGUUUAGCUUGGAUAAUUCAGAGAAUGGCGGUUUCACUGCCAACUUUCAGUGGGUGAGAAAAGUUAGUUUUGGUGUUUGGGGUCAGACAUUGGUUUCCAUUGUUUUGUUUUGUUUUAUGUAGUGGUUUGUGUCCGUGAAUCAUAGCCAGACGUCUGGGGAUCUUGUUGGUUGAGGUAGUCGGUUUUUCACCCCCACUGAAACCUCAAGAUAAACUUGUAAAUAAAGCUGGUAGUGUUUAUCCAUACGUGUUACACACUUGGAUUGGAACAGUAGGGCAGUGGAGGAGUUGUAUGAUGUAUUAACUUACUUGUGAAUUGUCUGUGGUAGCAAACGCCGUACCAUGUUUAACAGGAUUGAACUCAAAGCAUGUAAAGUGAGUCGUAGAUGUGUGUUGAUACAAGAAGGAUGCAGUGCCUUCCCCCCACCCACGAAUUCCUGAGGGAAUGUCACACUAGCUGCACAUUUGUAAUGUUUUUCUAGUUGUAUUGUGUAUGUCUAGUAAAUAGGUAUUAUAUUUUGGCCUUACAAUACCGUAACAAAGUUUGUCAUUUUGAAAUACCUAAUGCCAAGUUAACAAUGCAUGCUUUGGAAAAUCGGAAGAUGGUUUUUUUCUUUCGUAAAGCAGAUCUGUGUGCAUUGAAGUCUUUGACUGUUUCUAACAAGAAAUCGAUUGAAUGUUCUCACACCUCUGUUUACAGUACUUGGUAGGGGAGGCCUUGGUCAGGGAGAGGCCACUAUAGCUGUUCAAGUGUUUCUAGUUAAGUGCUUUUAAACUGGAGAGGCUAGCCUCAAAAUAUUUUUUUUAACUGCAUUCUAUAAUAAAUCAGCACAAUAUGCUCUUUAUGGAAAAA